UCUUCCACUGACUGAUCAACUUCAAAACAGCCUUUCCUCUCAGAGAGUGAAACAGCGUGACCCUCUCAGAGAGUGAGGUGGUUAGAUUGAACGUUGCUGGCCUUUUGAAAUCGUACAAAUAUGCUGUCAUUGACGUUGAGGCAAAUUGCACGGCCAUUGUGCCUGCGUGCCCCGGUGUCCCUGAGCAGCGUGGGGGCGAGGAGGAGCCAGCAUGCCGCUACCCGUAGUGUGGAACAGGACGCCCCAUGGACUGGGCAGGACAGUCUGGCCCAGGACGACCCAGAGAUGUGGAACUUGCUGCGGAAAGAGAAGGACAGGCAGUGUCGGGGACUGGAGCUCAUUGCCUCUGAGAACUUCUGCAGUCGGGCUGCACUGGAGGCCCAAGGAUCCUGCCUCAAUAACAAGUACUCUGAGGGCUACCCAGGCAGGAGGUACUAUGGUGGAGCUGAGGUGUCUGACCCAUGGUUACAUGUCUGACACCAAGAGGAUAUCUGCUACCUCCAUCUAUUUUGAGUCCAUGCCCUACAAGCUCAAUCCUGCCACAGGGCUCAUUGACUAUGACCCUGAGAUGACUGCCCGUCUCUUCGCGCCCAAGUUGAUCAUUGCAGCACCAGCGCCUACGCUCGCCUCAUGACUACCCCAUCAAAAGUUGUGUACGGAGGUGAAAGCCUACCUGCUGGCUGACAUGGCCCACAUCAGUGGUCUGGUAGCUGCGAAGGCUGUCCCCUCGCCCUUCAAGUACGCUGAUAUGGUCACGUCCACAACGCACAAGUCCCUCCGAGGAGCCAGGGCUGGUCUGAUCUUCUACCGUAAGGGCGUGCGUUCUGUGGACAAGAAGGGGAGGGAGGUCCAAUAUGACCUGGAGGACCGGGUCAACUUCGCUGUGUUCCCCUCUCUGCAGGGGGGACCCCACAACCAUGCCAUCGCUGGGGUGGCCGUCGCACUCAAACAGGCCCAGACGCCGAUGUUCAGAGAGUACAUUGGCCAGGUGAUGCGUAACUCCAAGGCCAUGGCUGAGGCCCUACUGAGCAAAGGAUACACGCUGGUGUCAGGGGGGACGGAGAACCAUCUGGUGCUGGUGGACCUGAGGCCUAAGGGCAUCGAUGGAGCCAGAGCAGAGAGAGUUCUGGAGCUGGUGUCCAUCACAGCCAACAAGAACACCUGCCCUGGGGACAAGAGUGCCCUGGCGCCUGGGGGCCUCAGGCUAGGUGCCCCGGCGCUGACCUCCAGACAGUUCAAGGAGACAGACUUUGUCCAGGUGGUGGAGUUCAUGGAUGAAGGCUUUAAGAUCGCCCUGGACGUCAAGAAGAAGACUGGGAAACUUGCAGACUUUAAGAACUUCUUGUUGGAGGAUCCAGAGACAGUCGCCCGCAUGGCAGAGCUGAGGAAACGAGUGGAGGCCUUCGCACGUCCCUUCCCCAUGCCCGGCUUCGAGGAUCACUAGGCCCUCCACACACACACACACACAGAGAGAGAGCAGGGAGAGUCAGUCGAGUAUUUCCGUUCCAAUAUCCAACACUAGCAUACUACUUAGAAUGAAGCAGCAAUGUAUUUGGAGGUGAAUUUUAAGUGGUAGGCAAUUAUGGACAUUGGAACUUGGUGGUGGUCAGGGAUUGGAUUCAGGACUGGCGGAACCUCGCAGACUUAUCCAAACAGAUGGUAAACUUGGUUAUUCCUUUGACAUCAUCCGUUGACCUCUGACCUAACGCUUCUAACCCCUUUUGUAUGUUUACACAAAAAAAAUCCUUAUUUUCUAAGUGUUAUUUUCUGCACGGUUUUAAGGUUGUAGUGUAGAAGAAAGAGCUCAACGUCAGACCCUGAGAGAAAUGUCAUCUAAUCUUAAACUGUCACCACCAAAGGUAGUGACUUGGAUAACAUUAUUAGAAGCACAGAGUCUUAAACUAUAACUGAACACAUUGUCUUAAUUUACCAACUUGUAGACUAGAUGUUCAUGAUGGAGAUUUGAUAAUACACAUCUGUCGUACUACCCUAUACUGUUGUAAGUGUGUGUGUGUAACCAACUCCAUUCAAACUCAUCUGAAGUAACCCUGGGCCACAAAUUCUAGUUGAAAUCGUUCAAAUAUUUGUAUUGUUUGCUCUAGCUUGCCUAGAGUGCCAGAUAGGUUAGUUUUAGGUUUGUGAUGAUUCUAUUGUUCCAUUAUGUCAGGCAAGCUCAAUCAAGCACAGAUAAAGUAUAUGUAAUAAUCUAUUUUUUAACUUGAACCCAAGUCUGAUCUGAAGUCAAGGGGUCCCAAGCCAGAGGUCGGGGUUGACUGGUGAACUGAACCGUUCUCCUGUUAAACCUUAUACAGAUAUUAGACCAGAGCUUCAUUGUCCUUAUA